GACAUUUUAAGAGCUGUGGAUAUGACUCCAUUAGGACACUUGUUUAGCAUGUGCAAAGCCUUGGUUCAAUACCAGUCCUGAAAAAAAAGGAUGCAUUUUAAAAUGAUAAGGGAUAAUUCAUUGGGAAGAUGUUAACAUUCAUAAAUGUACACAUGUCCAAGUACAGAGCUACAAAAAUGGAAGAAAAUUAUGAAGAUUAAAGAAAUCCACAAUAAUUCUGUUUGGGAAUUUUAAUUCCCUUUUUGGUAAUUGAUAGAACUGGAAGAAAAAUUCAGUGAGGGUAUAAAAGGUCUUAGCAUUACCAGUUACCCUGAACCUCAUUACAAUUCACAGAGUAAAAUCAUUGACUACAGCAUACCCAUUAUUACCAAAGGAGAGUGAUAAAUCUCAGUACUUUAUUCUUUACUGGACUGUAAAACAAAUCUUAGUAAAUUUUGAAGCUUGAUUAUAUUCUCUGAUCAGAGUGAGAUUAAGUUGAGAAUUGUAACUAUAAGAUACAGAAAAAGCCUCAAGUAAUUGAAAAUUAACACAUUUCCUAAGUUACUCAUGAGUCAGGAAAAAUCCCACAAAAAUUAGAAAAUAUUCUAAUUAUGAAUUACAAUGAAAAUAAUGUAAGAUUCAUUGAAUGUGCACAAAAUAUCACUUAGAAGGAAAACUAACAGCUUUAAGUAAAUUUUUUAAAACAAGAAAACAUGGCCAGGUGGUGGUAGCACACACCUUCUUCCAAGGCUGGAGUUACAGAUGGGCUACUGCACCUACCUGGCAUUUUAUGUGGGUUUCUGGGGGGUCUGAACUCCGAUCCUCAUUGCUUACUUGCACGGCAAAUGUGGCAAAUGGUUAAGGGAAACUUUUAAUGGAUAAUUCAUAAAAGGAAUUUGAGUCAUGACAUAGGAAUUAGUGACAUGCAGAUUACAAGUACGCUGAAAUGCCACUGUACAUCCACUGGGAUAACCAAAAUUAAAAACUGAUAGUAAGGGCUAGAGCUUUUGAUUAGUGGUAGAGUACUGGCCUGGCAGUGUGGUGCUGUAGGUUUGAUUCCCAAACAAAAAUUCCUGAUAACACCAAAUGUUGCUGAUAAUAUAGAGUAGGGCUGGCAAGAAAGAUGCCAGGGAACUUCCCAUUGCUGUGUUUGUCUUGUGUCUUGGUAGGAGUGUCUGUUACACAGCUGCAAAAGUCAUUAGAUGGCACACUUAAGAUUUAUAUACGUCAGUGAGUGUAAAUUUUAACUUAAAAAAUGAAGAUAAAAUUUUCAGUUUAAUGACAUGAUUGCCAAAGUGUUUGUGAAUUGUCUUAGUGUUUCUGUCGGUGAGAUGAAACACGAUGACCAAAAAGCAACUUGGGGAAGAAAAGGUUUAUUUGGUUUACAUUCACACAUCAUAUAGUCUGUCAUCAAAGGAAGCUAGGACAGGAACUGAAACAGGGCAGUAACCUAGAGGCAAGAGCUGAUUCAGAGGCCAUGGAGGGUGCUUCUUACUAGCUUUCUCCUCCUGGCUUUCUUAUAGAACUCAGGAUCACCAACCCAGGAGUAAUACAGCCUACAAUGGGCUGGGCCCUCCACAUCAAUCACUAAUUAAGAAAAUGCUCUACAUCUGGAUCUUAGGGAGGAAUUUUCUUAACGAGGCUCCCUCCUCUCAGAUGACUCUAGCUUGUUUCAAGCUGACAUCAAAACUAGCCAGAACAGGAUGAAGUGAUUCUUUUGUGAUGCAUUUAAAAGUGUAUAAGACCAAAAUUAAAGAAAGAUAAUCUGAUAGAUUAAUAGAUGGGUGAAUGCUGUGCUCAGUCUUUCUGUUUUUUCAGUUUACUUUCACAUACUCUUUCCACCCCCGUCAGCAUAGUGAUCUUCUUUUCUUCAGGCUGCAAGAAGGUAUAUUUUUAUUCUUCCCAUUGCUGACUGACUCCCUUGUAUAGAUGAACAAUACUUUUUCAGUCUGGCAGUUUCCUGUGAAUGGACAUUUGGGUCAUUAUAGACUUCUCUUCUAGGAAAUGAUGGCAUACUGGAAAACACUGUACAGUACAUGUGUUGUACCUAACCUAUUUUUUCCGAACUCUUAUAAUCUGUUUCCUCAUUGUAUAUGAUUCUCUUGUGGGAUUUCUCUAAAAUAUUUUUUGCUUUCUCUAGGGACAAAAUUGGAGUCUAUAUGAUACUGAUUCUCUGAACCUCCAACCCUGCCCUGAAGAGCUUCUGGGAUUGGGGGAGGAAAAGUCAGAAGACCAGGAUCUCCAGGGCCUCAAAGAGAAACCCCUGAAGUUUAAGAAGGUGAAGAAAGACAAGAAGGAAGACAAAGAGGGCAAACAUGAACCACUACAGCCUUCAGCCCACCAUUCUGCAGAGCCAGCAGAGGCAGGCAAAGCAGAGACAUCAGAAAGCUCAGGCUCUGCCCCAGCAGUACCAGAAGCCUCUGCUUCUCCCAAACAGCGACGUUCCAUCAUUCGUGACCGGGGACCUAUGUAUGAUGACCCCACCUUGCCUGAAGGUUGGACGCGAAAGCUUAAACAAAGGAAGUCUGGUCGAUCUGCUGGAAAGUAUGAUGUAUAUUUGAUCAAUCCCCAGGGAAAAGCCUUUCGCUCUAAAGUAGAAUUGAUUGCAUAUUUUGAAAAGGUGGGAGACACCUCCUUGGACCCUAAUGAUUUUGACUUCACUGUAACUGGGAGAGGGAGCCCUUCCAGGAGAGAACAGAAACCACCUAAGAAGCCCAAAUCUCCCAAAGCUCCAGGAACUGGCAGGGGUCGGGGACGCCCCAAAGGGAGCGGCACUGGGAGACCAAAGGCAGCAGCAUCAGAAGGUGUUCAAGUGAAAAGAGUCCUGGAGAAGAGCCCUGGGAAACUUCUUGUCAAGAUGCCUUUCCAAGCAUCACCUGGGGGUAAGGGUGAGGGAGGUGGGGCUACCACAUCUGCCCAGGUCAUGGUGAUCAAACGCCCUGGCAGAAAGCGAAAAGCUGAAGCUGACCCCCAGGCCAUUCCUAAGAAACGGGGUAGAAAGCCUGGGAGUGUGGUGGCAGCUGCUGCUGCAGAGGCCAAAAAGAAAGCUGUGAAGGAAUCUUCUAUACGGUCUGUGCAGGAGACUGUGCUCCCCAUCAAGAAGCGCAAGACCCGGGAAACAGUCAGCAUUGAGGUCAAGGAAGUGGUGAAGCCUCUGCUGGUGUCUACACUUGGUGAGAAGAGUGGAAAGGGACUGAAGACAUGCAAGAGCCCUGGGCGUAAAAGCAAGGAGAGCAGCCCCAAGGGGCGCAGCAGCAGUGCCUCCUCACCACCUAAGAAGGAGCACCAUCAUCACCACCAUCACGCAGAGUCCCCAAAGGCCCCUAUGCCAUUGCUCCCACCUCCACCCCCACCUGAGCCUGAGAGCUCUGAGGACCCCAUCAGCCCCCCUGAGCCUCAGGACUUGAGCAGCAGCAUCUGCAAAGAAGAGAAGAUGCCCCGAGCAGGCUCACUGGAAAGCGAUGGCUGCCCCAAGGAGCCAGCUAAGACUCAGCCCAUGGUUGCCGCCGCCGCCACCACCACUACCACCACCACCACCACAGUUGCAGAAAAGUACAAACACCGAGGGGAGGGAGAGCGCAAAGACAUUGUUUCAUCCUCCAUGCCAAGGCCAAACAGAGAGGAGCCUGUGGACAGCCGGACGCCCGUGACCGAGAGAGUUAGCUGACUUUACAUAGAGCGGAUUGCAAAGCAAACCAACAAGAAUAAAGGCAGCUGUUGUCUCUUCUCCUUAUGGGUAGGGCUCUGACAAAGCUUCCCGAUUAACUGAAAUAAAAAAAUUUUUUUUUUCUUUCAGUAAA